CGGACCGGAGCCCUCGGUGGCCGCGUGCUCCGCCCUCUCCCCCCCCCUCCAACCUCACGACCCUCCUCCCUAGGCCGAGCAUGGGCGCGCGCGCGUCCCAGGAGCCCCGGCUCCGGGCCGGGCUGCCGGUGCUGUUGCCAGUUCUGCUUCUGGCACUGCUGCUGCUGCUGGCGCUGGUGGCCCCUGGAGCGCAGGGGGCUCGGGGCCGCGGGGCUGCGGACAAGAACAGCCACCGGCGCGCGACCAGCAGCUUCUCGCAGAGCGUGAGCAGCCUCUUCGGAGAGGACAACGUGCGCGCGGCUCAGAAGUUACUGUCCAGGCUGACCGAGCGGUUCGUGCAGGGAGUGGACACGUUUGUAGAAACAGUAUGGAAAGUUUGGAUGGAGCUCUUAGAAGUCCUUGGACUGGAUGUGUCCAACCUGUCCCAGUACUUCAGCCCAGCCUCCGUGUCCAGCAGUCCCACCCGAGCCCUGGUGCUGGUUGGUGUGGUCCUCCUGGCCUACUGGUUCUUGUCUCUGACCUUGGGCUUCACCUUCAGCCUCCUGCAUCUGGUGUUCGGCCGCUUCUUCUGGCUUGUGCGAGUCAUCCUGUUCUCCAUGUCCUGCGUGUACAUCCUGCACAAGCACGAGGGCGAGCCUGAACACGCCGUGCUGCCGCUCUGCCUUGUGGUGGCUAUCUACUUCAUGACGGGCCCCAUGGGCUACUGGCGAGGCAGUCCUGGUGGCCUCAGCAGCCCCAGCGUGGAGGAGAAGCUAGAACACCUGGAGAACCAGGUGAGAUUGCUCAACAUCCGCCUCAACAGGGUGCUGGAGAACCUUGACCGCGCCAAGGACAAGUGAAUGUCAGCUUCCCGGCCACCCAAGAGUGUUAGCUGGUCAAAAGACAACAAAAGAAGAAAACAGCCGGCAAUCCUACCAAACCCCAGCCCUCCCAAUAAACCAAGCAAGAAUGCCACACAUGGUUAUUUCCCACUGCGUUCUACCUUAGGACCCAUUGGAGAAGAAUGAACUUAUGUAGAACUUAGAGUGUUGCUAGUGGGAAAACCUAUUUUCUAAGCAACGGAUCUAUAUUCCUUUAGCUAUGUAGUCAGAUAAGUUUAUCCGUGCAUAGAACAUAAAGUUAAUUUUUUUCAACCAUUUAAGUACAUCUUUUGUAAGGUUUUUAAAUAAAGGCAGAUGGAGUCAAGUUUAUCAGAACUUUGAAGGGAGCACUUGAAGUUUUUAAGGAAGCCUAAAUUGGCUGCUGGGUGAGCACUGUGUGUAAUACCUUCCUACUCCCAAAUGUGACCUUUAUUGUAUGUCUCUUGGGGUUGGGGGAGACUUGGUUAAUGAGUGCUGUCUCUUGUUAUUGUGGACACUUGAGGUUCAGAGUCUGGGAUCCUGGGGCCCCUGUGAGCUCCGUUAAUUGUGUUUCCUCCUGUCCAUUUCUGUUUUUUUAUGGUGCUGGGAAUGCUGAGCCCACCUCCACCCCUGUCCACUGUAUUUCUGAAUGAAGGUACCCACAGACAUCCUGGGAUCUUUUUCUCCUCCCUGGUUUUUAAUGUAGACUAACCCCCAGCCUUUCCAGAAGGAAAAUACAUGGCUGGGGCUGCAAAAUGUCUUUGGAGUUUGAUGCCAAGAACUUCCUGGGUGGACCCUGAAGAUAAUUCCAGAGUCCAGCUAAAACCCACAUUCCCUAUUUGCCCGUGAAGCUCAGAUAGCCAGGGGGACCCUGACAAUUUGCUAGUUUCCUUUGCUUUUUUUAAAAAUUAUUAUCAUUUAUUACAAUUUAUUUAACUUGUAACUUGUAUCCCGGCUGUGGCCCCCCUCCCUUGUUUCCUCCCAACCACCUUCCUUCCCCUUUCCCUAUGCCCCUUCCGUAGUCCCCUGAUAGGAGAGGUCCUCCUUCCCUUCUAUUUGACCCUAGCCUAUCAGGUCUCAUCGGGACUGGUUGCAUUGUCUUCCUCUGUGGCCCAGCAAGGCUGCACCCCCCAAGGUUUCCCUUGCUUUUAACUGACUCAGGACCAUAGAAGAAAAAGGAACUGUUCAUGGCCAGUAAGAUCCUUCAUUUCAUUGCUUCUAGAACAUUCUUAGGCAUAAGCCACCUUGGGAUAUGAAUUGUUUGUCCUGAAAUUUUUAUAAUUAUGUGUCUUAGGUGCUUUUCAUCUGGGGUCCAGGGCGUUGCUGAUUUAGCUUAGCCUCUGGGGUCAGAGACUGGAGGCGACGUCCCUCUGCCAGCAUUCUGUGGAAAGAGAGCUGGCCUUUGCCGGGAUUGCUGCUGUCUCUGCGGCCCUUCAGUGAACUCUGGAGCCACUGAGUUCCAACUUCAGCUUGGUGGAGACACCUGUUGGCUGUCAUGGCGGACCUUGGUGGAGGGACCCAGCGAAUGCCAGGGCUGGUGCUGUGUGUCUGUGAAGUUCUGUCUUUGGUUUGCAAGUGUCUGGAACACAGAUUCGGGUCUUUCUGAGGGUGUGUCUGAGAGAGACCUCUGUUCUUGAGGUGACUGUAUGAGAAUCCUACUUUCUUGAAUUUCAUUCCCUUCUGGAACCCAGACCAAGGACACUGAGAACACAUGAGUUCUGGUAUGAAACAUUCCAUUUAUAGUCUUUAGAUAGUGUAGCUAAAUCUACAUGGAGCAUGGGGUACAAGUAUCUGGGGAGGGGCACACUGAAUGUCCUCUUUUCAUUCAAAUGUCUGGCUGUAUCUUACCAAAAGAUUGUUUUGCAGAUGUUGGCUUGGUGGCAGUUGCCUUCUGUAAAGCCUACUCUUGACUUGGCUCCUCUUAUGGAUGGCCACUGAGAUGUCCUAAGUAGGGUCCUUGACAGUUGGUCCACUGGAGCAGAGUGUGCAGUCCUAGUAUUCAGGAGGCAAAGGCAGGAGGGUUGCUGCUAUUUGGAGGCCACCUGGUUGAAGUAGUAUAUUCCAGGCCAGCAUAGCAAAUACAGAAGCCAGGUGAACUAGCACGCACACAAGGGCCAGGGGCAGGCAGAUCUCUUGAGUUUGAGGCCAGUCUGGUCUAUGUAGUAAGUUCCAGGACAGCCAGAGUCACAUUUGAGAUCUUGUCUCAAAACAAUAAUAACAACAAAAAAGGUUAAAAAAAAAUUCUGCAACUUUUUUUUGGCCUGACCAAAUGUAGGCUCUCAAGGUAGUUUUAUAGUUUGAUACACACACACACACACACACACACACACACACACACACACACACACACACAAAAUGCCUUCAUUUUAAUUUUUACAUUUAAUUAUUAGUGACAGGGUCUCAUGUAUAUUAGACUAGUGUUGAACUUGCUAAGUAGCUGAGACUGGCCUUAAACUUCGGACCCUCUGGCCUCCACCUCCUGAGUGCAAGGAUGACAGAUGGAGGACAGCACACCCAUUGUAUGCAGUCCUUUCGGUGUUUGGGUACUUGGUGUGGAACAUGUUCUUUGCAUGUGAAGAGAGCAUUCUAGAGUCCAGCCCCAAGAUGCCUUCAUUCUAAAUGGAAGAAUGCACAAGACAGAAUAACAAGAGUGUUAGUUGAAAUUCUAGUAGUUUUUAAAACUUCAGAUGGUGUUUGAUGCAUACAUUUUACGUAUUCUCUCUUUCUUUUUCUUUUCUUUUUUUUUGAGGCAGGGUCUCUCUCUGUAUAGCCCUGGAUGUCCUCUAACUUGAAGAGAUCUGCCUGCUUCUGAGUACUGGGAUCAAAGGCGUACACCACCAUGCCUGUCAUUGUUUGGGUGGAUAUUCUUUUUUAUUUUUUGUGGUGGUGGUGGUCAUUUUUUUGUUUUGUUUUGUUUUGUUUUUGGUUUAAGACAGGGUUUCUUUGUGUAGCCUAGACUUGCUUUGUAGUCAGGGCUGCCCUGGAACUCACAGAAAUCCGCCUGCUUCUGCCUCCUGAGUGCUGGGAUUAUAGGUGUGCACAGCUGCCCCUCUUGUUUGCAUGUGUCCCUAACACAUCUUUUCCUCUCUGUGUUCUGUGGAAGUAUGCAGCUUAUUGACCUCCCUCUCCCACCAUCUCUUUUGUAUGUGGAAAGAUGUAUUUUUGUACCUUAUUUCAUGCCUUAUUUCAGGGCUGUGUACAUCUCCUCAACUGAAUAACAUGAUAAAGAAACAUUAUGACGGCAGCUACUGUGGAUCUGUUAUAUAUAAGGGUCAGGGGCCAUUGAUGUGGAUCAGUGGGUAAAGGUACUUGCUACUAAGCCAGAGUUUAAUGCCUGGGACCCACAUGUUGAAGGGAGGCAGACCACUCUCACAGAUUUUCCUCUGACCUCUGCACAUGGACCAUGGCUUGCUACCCCUUUCCCUAAAUAAAUCCAUAUAUAUAUAUAAUGUUUUUAAAUGAAAAGACAGGGUUAGGAUUUUAACUGUCUUAAAACCAGUGUUAAUUCCCCCGAGGGUUCUUCCUCAUGUUAAAUACUUUUCCAAGGACAGGCUUGAGGUUGUAUUGGCUAUCUCUGAAGUACUGGGUCUAGGUGGGCGUGUUGGGGUUGGUGAUUUUCGAUGGUGACCUUUUAUUUUGAAAAUUUUAUGUGUAUGGGUGUUUUGUCUGCUUGUAUGUCUGUGUACCAUGUACAUGCCUGGUGCCUGCAGAGGCGAGAGGAGGGUGUUACAUCCCCUGGAAUUAGAGUUACUGACAGUUGUCAGCUGCCCUGUGGAUGCUGGAAAUGAAACCUUGGUCCGCUGGAAGAACAGCCGGAGCCCUAACCACGAGCAAUCUCUCCAACCCUAUUGUUUUGAGAUGGGUUCUCUUGUAGCCCUGGCUGGUCUUAAACAGGCUGUGUGGCCGAAAAUGACCUUGAACUCCUGGUCCUGCCUCCACACCACUCUAGGAUUAAAGACAGGUGCCACCACACCUGGCUAAGUAGUGACUGGAUGGAACCCAGGGCCUCCACCAUGCUGCAUAAGCACUCUACCAAAUCAGCCCAGUCCCAGCUUGUGGUCGGUGUUUAUGGAGUGAUUUCUUCCCUUGUUGGUGUAGCACACAGGCACCUUUCCCAGAUGGACUUUCCAUUGCCACCAGCAUCUUCAGCCCUUUGGGGCCUUCGUUGAGCCCUGGUUUUCUUUUUACUGGCAAUAAAGUAUGGAAAAGAAUAUGGCCUUGUGAAUCAUAAUGGGGUCCUCUGUUCAUAAAAGUGACCCAGGGGCAGUCCCGAGAGGCAACCUGAAAAUGAGGCCCAGCAGACCACAGGGGUUAUAAGCAGAGCUGAGGGUAGCCUUUUAUGACCGUCAGGGGAAGUGGCCACGUCUUUCCUAGGUACUCCCUGAGAACCUCCAGGGGCAGCCUGUGGUUGGGAGCUGGCCUUGGCAUACCCAUGAGGGCCGGGCUGGUGUGCGUAGCUCUGGUUACUGCUCGAAGAUGGCUGUAAAUAGCAUGACCAGGAACUCAGGCGUGGUUACAAUCCCAGAACUUGGGAGAUGGACAGGAAGGUGGUGAGCUCAAAGCCAUCCUGGUCUACAAGGCGAGACCCUGUCUCAGCAAACAACUCAAUUUUUGCUCAAGAGUCAGUAAGCUCUGUAAUGCAGAGGCUACAGGGUCUCACCUACCCAAGCUGGCCCAGGCUGGCCUUAAACUCACAGAACACAUCUGCUUCUGCCCCCCAAGUGCUGGGAUUAAAGGUGUGCACUACCACACCCAGCCUCCCAGCAGGUUUUGAAUUACCUAAUUUAACCAGAAAGCCAGUGCUGGUUCUCCUGGUGUGCACCUAUAGCUACAAGGAAUUCCCUGGGCGCCUUUCCCAACCUUUUAACUUUCAGGUCCUGGGCUCGUGAGCUCUUCCUCUAGCAUGCAAGCUUCUUUUCAAAACAACCUGUGCCCAUUCCUCAAUGGUUUUGUUUAUGACCAUUUAAGUAAUUGGGCUUUGGGCCCCUUACCUGUGAAUGAAUAUACACACAUACAUAUAUAUAUAUGUAUGUAUGUAUGUAUAUUCAUAUUGAAUAUAUAUAUAUGUAUUCGUUUUAACCCCAAUAUCCUUAUCACUAGACAACUGCUAAUGCCCUGACUGGCAUCCUUCUGUGUUUUGCUCUUUGGUGAUAACCCUCUAGCUAGGACGGACAUGGAGAACCUGUUCUGUCUUGGUGGCACAGGAAGCACACCUUGUCACCCGGACAGCUGUGGCAGCUGAUGGCAUGAUUGACUCCCUGCCCCAGUGUCUCUGCAGAUUUCAAGCUUUUUGCUGUUGUGUCAGUUUUCUGUCUGCAACUGUGAUAAAUCUCUGAAUAUCCUGUAAUUAAAUUAAUUUCUUGUGAUGGUGAUUAGUGUGCAGUUAAAUCCCCCAUGAGAUAAUUAUUUCCCUGUUCUUAGCUGCAAAUUAUAUUCUUUUUUUUUUUUUUUAAACCAAUAAUGUCCGAGUUCCUGUUUUGUGUCUUGGCUUAGAAAUUUUAUAUAGUGUUUAGUUUGAUAGAAAGCCAUUCUGUGUGAACAAAGUGGGGAGCGUGCACACGCGCACUUGCGCAUACCUUAGUUGGGAAGCUGAUUCUACGAAUAUCUUAUAUAGAAAAAGGCUUAUUAAUUUUUUGCAAAGUAAUGGAUACAUUCCUGUUAUUUAUUAAUCACUGGCUUUGAUGUUAGAGAUCUUUGUAGAUCGACUUCAGAACUGGAUGAAAACAUUGUGAACAUUAUGGCUUAAUAAAUGUUUACUGUAAUUUUGUUGUUUGGA